AUGCCGUCCACCUUAAAUAUUGCACAAUUGAAUACCAAUCCAUCCCCUCACCGGAUCAUUAUUGUGGGAGGAGGCAUCGUCGGUGCAGCGCUUGCGUUCCAUCUGUCCAAGGCUAAAAGUGAACAUCAUAUCAUACUCAUCGAUAAGAGUCUGGACACUCUACUGGGAUCCACCGGCCACGCUCCAGGAUUUGUUGGCCAACUCAAUGAGUCGCCUGUCUUGACCCGGCUAGCCAAAGACACUGUCCAGGACUACCUCACAAUCCCCGGUGGCUUUGAAACAGUCGGCGGCUUGGAGAUUUCCUCGACGCCAUCUGGAUUGGAGAAUCUACAAUGCCGACAGAAAACAGCACGGGGGGUAAAUCUACCUGCGGAGCUUCUCACUCCAGAAGCGGCCGCUUCUCUGGCUCCAGACUUUAUCGACGCGAACUCGAUCAAGCAUUGCCUGCAUUUCCCAUCAGAUGGGACCGCCAAUGCAGGGAUCAUUACUGCUUACUAUAUCGAAGGAGCUCGCGUCCGAGGGGUGGAUUUAUUGGAAGUAGCCGUGACAGGCUUUGCAACCAGGAAAGACGGCGACCUACCGCAGAUUGCGACUAUCGAGACCGCCAGCGGCGAUAUCGACUCGGAAGGCAGUACUGUGAUUCUCGCCACUGGAAUCUGGACCUCUUUAUUGCUUGGCAAGAACAACACCCCCGUUACGCAAGUUCCGAUCCCCAUCGUCCCCGUUGCACACCCGUACACAUUUACUUCGCCUCGACCUAGACGUGUCGGGACCGCGUAUCCAUUCGUUCGCUGGCUUGACCAUCACGUUUACGCAAGAGACCAUGGAGACCGCGAUGGUCUGGGCAGUUACGAUCACCCGCCAAUGCAGCUUGAUCCUAUUGAAAGCGCAAUUGGAGCCUGGCUAUCAAGCUUUGAUAAAGUACUGUCGGAAGCCUGUUCCAACUUGAAGAACGGAUCGGAGUUCCAGGUCCAAGGACAGAAUACGGACCACGCAAAGCGUUGGGUAGCGGAAAAACCAUUUAAUGGAAUCUUUUCUGUCACGCCGGACAAUUUGCCCCUCGCUGGUCGAGUACCCGACGUUGCAAAUCUAUGGCUUGCUGCUGCCAUUUGGGUUACAACCGCUGCUGGUACUGCUCAGCUGCUGACAAGAGAGAUUCUUCGUGAUGGUGAGCAUUCGAUAACUUCAGAAGAUAAGGCUCUCUUGGACGCCCUGAACCCGGCACGCUUCCAGGGCGUUGAAGAGGAUUUGCUGGUUCGACAGUCAUUGUCGAAAUAUAACGAUAUUUACAACCGAGAGACUUAG